CGGCUCCGUUUCGGUUUCACUUCCGGUGGAGGGCUGUCUAGGAGCGGGCGGCAGGCCGACGGCUAUCGCGGGCGGCGGCGGUGACGGUGGCGCCGCUGCUGGGGGGCGUGCGGCAGCGCGGCGGCGGCGGCGGCGGCGGCGGCGGCGGCGGCAGCAGCGGCGGCGGCGGCGGCUGGGCCUCGAGCGCCGUGGGCUGCAGGCGCUCGGCUCGAGCAAGGCUGACGAGAAGAUGGAGGAGCUGGUGGUGGAAGUACGAGGUUCCAAUGGCGCUUUCUACAAGGCGUUUGUAAAAGAUGUUCAUGAGGAUUCAAUAACAGUUGCAUUUGAAAACAACUGGCAGCCAGAGAGGCAGAUUCCAUUCCAUGAUGUGAGAUUUCCACCUCCUGUAGGUUAUAAUAAAGAUAUAAAUGAAAGUGAUGAAGUUGAGGUUUAUUCCAGAGCAAAUGAAAAAGAGCCUUGCUGUUGGUGGUUAGCUAAAGUGAGGAUGAUAAAGGGUGAGUUUUACGUGAUAGAAUAUGCUGCAUGUGAUGCUACGUAUAAUGAGAUUGUCACCAUUGAACGUCUAAGAUCAGUGAACCCCAACAAACCUGCAACAAAAGAUACUUUCCAUAAGAUUAAACUGGACGUGCCAGAAGACUUACGGCAAAUGUGUGCCAAAGAAUCAGCACAUAAGGACUUUAAAAAGGCAGUUGGUGCAUUUUCUGUAACUUAUGAUCCAGAAAAUUAUCAGCUUGUCAUUUUGUCCAUCAAUGAAGUCACCUCAAAGAGAGCACAUAUGCUAAUUGACAUGCACUUUCGGAGUCUGCGCACUAAAUUGUCUCUGAUAUUGAGAAAUGAAGAAGCCAGUAAACAGCUGGAGAGUUCAAGGCAGCUUGCCUCAAGGUUUCAUGAACAGUUUAUUGUACGAGAAGAUUUGAUGGGUCUAGCCAUUGGUACUCAUGGUGCUAAUAUUCAGCAAGCUAGAAAAGUUCCUGGGGUCACUGCUAUUGAUCUAGAUGAAGAUACCUGCACAUUUCAUAUUUAUGGAGAGGAUCAGGAUGCAGUGAAAAAGGCCAGAAGCUUUCUUGAGUUUGCUGAAGAUGUCAUACAAGUUCCAAGGAACUUAGUAGGCAAAGUAAUAGGAAAAAAUGGAAAACUGAUUCAGGAGAUUGUGGACAAGUCAGGAGUUGUGAGGGUGAGGAUUGAGGCUGAAAAUGAAAAAAACGUCCCACAAGAAGAGGAAAUUAUGCCACCAAAUUCCCUGCCUUCCAAUAAUUCAAGGGUUGGACCUAAUCCCUCAGAAGAAAAGAAACAUUUAGAUAUAAAGGAAAACAGUGCCCAUUUUUCUCAACCAAACAGUACAAAAGUCCAGAGGGGUAUGGUGCCAUUUGUUUUUGUGGGAACAAAGGAUAGCAUCGCUAAUGCCACUGUUCUUUUGGAUUAUCACCUGAACUAUUUAAAGGAAGUAGACCAGUUGCGUUUGGAGAGAUUACAAAUUGAUGAGCAGUUGCGACAGAUUGGAGCUAGUUCUAGACCACCACCAAAUCGUACAGAUAAGGAAAAAGGCUAUGUGACUGAUGAUGGUCAAGGAAUGGGUCGAGGUAGUAGACCUUACAGAAAUAGGGGGCACGGCAGACGCGGUCCUGGAUAUACUUCAGGAACUAAUUCUGAAGCAUCAAAUGCUUCUGAAACAGAAUCUGACCACAGAGACGAACUCAGUGAUUGGUCAUUAGCUCCAACAGAGGAAGAGAGGGAGAGCUUUCUGCGCAGAGGAGACGGGCGGCGGCGUGGAGCAGGAGGAAGAGGACAGGGAGGAAGAGGACGUGGAGGAGGCUUCAAAGGAAACGACGAUCACUCCCGAACAGAUAAUCGUCCACGUAAUCCAAGAGAGGCUAAAGGAAGAACAGCUGAUGGAUCCCUUCAGAUCAGAGUUGACUGCAAUAAUGAAAGGAGUGUCCACACUAAAACAUUACAGAAUACCUCCAGUGAAGGUAAUCGGCUGCGCACGGGUAAAGAUCGUAACCAGAAGAAGGAAAAGCCAGACAGCGUGGAUGGUCAACAACCACUUGUGAAUGGAGUACCUUAAACUGCAUAAUUCCGAAGUUAUAUUUCCUAUACCAUUUCCGUACUUCUUAUUCCAUAUUAGAAAACUUUGUUAGGCCAAAGACAAAUAGUAGGCAAGAUGGCACAGGGCAUGAAAUGAACACAAAUUCUGCUAAGAAUUUUAUUAUUUUUUUAUUUGUUUAUUUAUUUAUUAUUAUUAUUAUUUUUUUUUUGCUAUUGGCCAUAAGCAACAACUUUCAGAUUUGCACAAAAAGAUAUUUUGAAAUUUAAAACAUUGCUUUUGAGUAUACUUAGCACUUCAGGGCAGGAUUUCAGUUUUAUUUUUUAAAGUACUGAACGGUGAUUUUCUUUGUUGAUUUGGACCAUUUUCUUGCAUUGGGUGAUAACUCACCAGUACAUUUUCCGUUUUUCUUAAUAAAUAGCACUUAUGGUAAUCAUAUUUGAUUUGUUUUCAGUUUCAUAUAGAAGUCCCCAUGAAAUGCUACGUCAUUUCAUGUCCUGUGUCUGUUUAUGUUUUGGUCCACUUUUCCAGUAUUUUAGUGGACCCUGAAAUGUGUGUGAUGUGACAUUUGUCAUUUUCAUUAGCAAAAAAAAAAAAAGUUGUAUGAUCUGUGCCUUUUUUAUAUCUUGGCAGGUAGGAAUAUUAUAUUUGGAUGCAGAGUUCAGGGAAGAUAAGUUGGAAACACUAAAUGUUAAAGAUGUAGCAAACCCUGUCAAACAUUAGUACUUUAUAGAAGAAUGCAUGCUUUCCAUAUUUUUUUCCUUACAUAAACAUCAGGUUAGGCAGUAUAAAGAAUAGAACUUGUUUUUGUUUUUGUUUUGUUGCACUGAAAUUUGACCAAUAGUGUUAUUGAAAGGGAUUUGUAAUCUUUCUGUAUAGACAGGAGAAGAAAUAACUAUCUUUUCAAUUGAGAGAGGCUAAAAUGUUUUCAGCUGGGAACAAAUCUUCCUGGUCGAAAGUUGGUAAGAUAUGCCUGCUCUUUGGCCUGAUGACCAAUUUAACUUAGAGUCUUUUUUUAUUUUGUCCUCCCCAAGUUUUGUGAAGUUUUUCAUAUUUUAAUUUCAAGUUUAUUUCGAGGAUAUAUAGGAAGGCCAUUUCCAUGUAUGCAUAACAAUCCUGUAAAGUACAGGUACUUUGUCUAAGAAACAUUGAAAACAGGUUAAGUGUUUUGUAAACUUUGAAAUAUAAGGUCUAAAGUAUAAGCAGAAUUGGAAAACAGACUAGAAUUAGUUAACAUACUUCUUUUCUUAUUUUUUUCCUUUUGUUUUUUGAUGUAUUGGGUUUUAGUUUUGUUUUUGAGUCUUUUCUUAAAUGAAUGAAAUUUACUGAGGAAAAAUAUGUGAAGGACCUUCACUCUAAGAUGUUAUAUUUUUCUUAAAAAAUAACUCCAAGUAGGGGUACCACUGAAUCUGUACAGAGCCGUACAAACCGAAGUUCUGCCUCUGAUGUAUUUUGUGAGUUUAUUUCUUUGAAUUUUCAUUUUACAGUUACUUUUCCUUGCAUACAAAUAAGCAUAUAAAAUGGCAACAAACUGCACACAAUUUCACGAAUAUUAAAAAGUCUUUAAAAAGGUAUUGCCAAACAUUAUUGUUGAUUUCUAGUUAUUUAUUCUGGGAAUGUAUAGUAUUUGAAAACAGAAAUUGGUACCUUGCACACAUCAUCUGUAAGUUGUUUGGUUUAAAAUACUGUAGAUAAUUAACCAAGGUAGAAUGACCUUGUAAUGUAACUGCUCUUGGGCAAUAUUCUCUGUACAUAUUAGCGACAACAGAUUGGAUUUUAUGUUGACAUUUGUUUGGUUAUAGUGCAAUAUAUUUUGUAUGCAAGCAGUUUCAAUAAAGUUUGAUCUUCCUCUGCUAAAUUGAUGUUGAUAUGCAAUCCUUACAAAUGAUUGCUUUUAAAAUUUUAAGAUAGGCAAAGAAAUCUAUAGAAAGUAUUCUGUUACAAAAUGUAACUGUUACCAUUGGAAAUUUCACGUCAUAGGAAGUUAGCCGUUAUCUACCAACUUUCAGGCACUUAAUCUUGUUUAAUAAAGUGAAAAAAAUCAACAAAAUGGUACAAAAACAAUGUACCAUUACAAUAUGCACUAAGUCUCUUUUUUACAAAGGCUGAAGUCAGCAAGGCGCUAACUUGCUUAAAUGUGAAUUACUAACUUCUAAAACUGUAAUUUGAUUCACAUGUUUUCAAAUGGAGUUGGAGUUGAUUCAUAUUACAAUAUUUGUGUGCUAAAUGUGUAUGUUUUUCAGUUAAAAGUCAUGAUGUUUUUAAAAUCUUAUUAAAGUUUCAAAAAUCUGGAGAUUGUUUAUCUAGAUGUAAAUUUUUAUUAAAAAGUUGCACUUAUGAAAAAGCAAAAAA